CUUCUGUUACCAACCCACCCAAAAGGAGAAAGGAAAAAAAAGAGCAACCGGGUUGAGCUUCUCCAAAAUCCAUCCUCGCGGUCCGCUACCUCCCUAACCCCAGCUGCCCACCCCUAAGCAACCUACCCAUCGUUCCUCUCCCUCCCCACAAGGGGAUCCUCAAGAGCUGCAAGAAACAAUACCACCUUUCUCGUCCUCUCUAUCGCGUCCCUCGAUACCCCUUGUACACCUUCAGUUGUCGUCGUCGUUUUUUUUCCCUCUUUACCCUUUUCUUCUUUUCCCCUUCUCCCAUUGCCGAUUCUAUCUUUUCUUACUCUUUUUAAUGCUCGGCCGCCGUACUCCGCCUGCUUCUUCUCCCUUCAUAUCACCCACAUGCUAAUUCUGGAGUUUUGUCAGCUACCGCCGAGCCUUCUCGCGCGAGCGCCUCAAGCUUCGUUUGGAGCUCCACCAUUUUUCGCUUCCCCCAUCGUGUCAGCCAGGCCCAGAUGGAUCAAGAGUCAGGAUCGUCCGAGCCGAGAGAACGUGCCGUCUCUUCUGAGCCUUGCUCGACCCGACCCAACCCCUUCGACGACGGGGAUCUCUCUGCCCGAAAACGUCGCAGGACCUCUCUUUCCGGUUCCCGGAGCACAUCCGUCGAGACGCUGCCAUCUAGGGAGGACCCCGCCGACGCCGACGCCGUCACCGCUGCUUCCGAUCCAAGCAACAUGAAGGUCGAUACCCCAGAGCCCGUCCCGCCGAGCACUCCCGCUCGCUCAGAACCUACCACCGAACCCGUCUCGAGCAAGGUUACCAUCAACUUACGAAACGUGGACAGCCUCGAGGCUGUCUCCCCGUCCCCAUCCUCCCCCACGCCCUCGCGUGUUCGAAGAGGCAGCAUCAAAAUCAGCGUGGAAGAGCCGGAGGUGAAUAUAACACAUGCGCUCCCGGUCGAAGACACGUCGUCGUCUUCGUCCGAGCUCGACAGCCCCGAAGUUCCCGCGGUGUCUUUUGAAGAAGUCGGGGCAGACCUCGCGUUUCCUGCUACCGAGCCUAGUCUAGCGCUCUUGGCGGACGAGACGGCUUCGAGCUUUAAUGCUGCUGUGCUCGAGUUCCCCUACCACAACGAUACCGAGUCGUACUACGACACCGUCGUUCGCCUUAUAGACUACUUUCGGCAGCAACCCGCGCAUAUCGAAGAGGUCUUGCAGAGCCUCAACCUGUGGCUGGAGCGGUACCUGUCGUAUGCGCACGUCGAGUUCCACCCUAUCGUAUUAGAGCUCUAUCACGAGAAUAAGUCUUUUUGGCAGGCUCUACCCGAUUUGUUUUGCGCUAUUGCUCAUCGGCAUGGAUACGCAAAAUCCAGAGAUAUCCGAAUUAUCGUCGGCCAGGUGUUUGUGCAAGUCGCCAGAUUGACCGGAUUCCUGCUUGCGAUUGAUUGCCGGACGCUGACGCAAGUCGCAAGUAACGAGGGGAGGGAUUUCGACCUGAUAUCUCCCAUGUUUUUCCGAAUGUUUAGCAACAUAGCCUUCAAGGAUAGCGAACAGCCCCCUAACGGAUGUCAUUUCGCAACCAGCCUGGGAUUAUCGGAGACACUCGAUGUGCUCCAAGCAAGUCAUGAUGGACUUUUUGGCGAGAUGAGCCGUCUGACUAGUUUACUUACCAGCAAUCUGCUGCGAUCCCCUAAAAAAGUCGUGGACAACCUCGCCGGGGUUUCUUGGCUCGUGGAGAGCUAUAUGCGUGACAGCUGCAAAAAGCUAUCAUACCCUGCCAAUUACUCGCCGGCUAGCGUCGACCGGUCGAGGGCAAACAUGGCCCAGGGUCUCAAUUUUUUUGCAACCGUCUCUAAUGCUAUGGACGUUGUUAUUGAGAAAUCAAUCAACAACCUGGCUGCCGAGACCGCGACGACUCUCAUCUCUAGCUUAACUACAAUUCUUAAGUAUAGUCUCCACGGCGAUAGCAUCGAGGCCAAUCAACUGGUACAAGAUCACCGCCAACAGCACCCCGAAGUUCUGGAUCGAUUCACGCUCGAGACAAUUCCUACAGAGUGGCGGAUUGGCGUAUUUUGCAAGCUGGUGCGAUCACGUCAGAUGCAGCUGAGGGUUGCGGCAGCAUCGUCGUUGUGCGAAGAUCUAGUUCUCCAGUGGAGGGCGUACAUCGACCGUCAGGAGAUAGGGGAGGAGAACCCCAGUCUGGCCUACUUGCGGUACUUGUCCGGUUACCUCGUCCGCACCGGAAUCGUUAACUAUCUCCUUGGUCCAACGUGUCAUCCGGAGAUUACUCAAGCAAGUUUCAACAUUGUGGGGUUCUUGGCCGUUACGAAGACCUAUACCACCGCGCAGACAGAUCUCCUUUGGCAAACCCUGACUAGCACCCAAGAUCCUCGGAUUUCCGAUGCUAUCGUCCGGAUGAUGUCUAAGGUGGUUGGUCUGCUCGACUCGGAGAGUCUCUGCUAUAUGUGCGAGAAGUUUGGUGACUUGUCGAUCGAGUCGUUCUCCUCUUCCAUGCGAGAUUUCUUCGAUCACGUGACGAAGCAAAUGCAGGAAAAGAUAAUGCCCUACAAUCUUGUCCCUCUCGCGCCAUACAAGACAUGCGUCCGCUUAUUGCAAGAGUCCUCCGUUUACGUGCCGCAGAAUUCUAUAGCGUUUCCCGAGAUUCAGCAAUUUGCUCUCGCAAAAUUUGGCACCCUCUUACACUCGGGCCCGGACCAGACGGGGCGUCAAGAAAUAUGGAUAGGCUGCGUGCAGGAUAUCGCGGCAAGAUCUCGGACGACUUCUGGGAGCCUCCAAGUUCUGAGCACGCUCACGGGCAAUGCCCCGGCGCUACAGAUGCUGAUAUCCGAGCAUAAUUUGACGAAGCUUCUCGUUGAAGAGCUGGAAUCCACAAUUGCUCAUGCGAAGGCUGUCGGGUUCUCCCCGGUCUAUGCCAAUCCUAUCGGCCAUGCUCGUCGAAGGCUUAUCUCCACCGUCAUCGUGAAUCACGGACCGACCAUCGAUUCGGAGCUCGGUCGAUGUCUAUGGGAUCUCCUGGUCGGGGAUGGCGCUGUGUGUCUGGAGGAUAGGAAAGCCGCUUGGGAUGACCUCAACUUAGCGCUUAAGCGAACGCGGCUUGACAAUCCCUUCCUUAAUGCUUGUCUGCGAGAUUAUUUGCCGACAUUGCCGCCUGCCUGUUACUGCGCGGGGUCGCUAGCGUUCGUUCGGGAGGCUAUUAUUCCUCUCGCGAACGAUAUUAACGGUAUGGUUCUAGAUGACGAGGAAAGCGUUAGAUCGGCUGGCCUGGAACUGCUCUGGCAAAUGAUCCUGACAGCCCCGAGUCACACGAUCGAGGAAACGGCCAUUUCUACGCUAGUCGACGACAUAUACGUCGACAGCAAGUCGAUAAUAUCGUAUCCUCUUUACCGUGCACGGAAGGUCCAUUUCGCCCUCGUACAGAGGUGCUUACAGCAGCUCAAGGACGCCGCGCACAAGCUGAAGCGUUUCAGCGAUGACAUGUCGAGCGGGGAUAGCCAGCUAACGACGAUGGCAGCCGCAAGUGACGAGCCUUACCGCCAACAAGAGCUGCAGUUCACUAGAUCUCUCCAGGUGCUGAUAAGGUUGCUUAAGACAUUACAGACAAGGCCCCAUUUUGCAGCACCGGAUUUGCGAUCUCUCAUGCUGCAAACGCCUAGUCCGGUUGAAGGCGACCCCGCGGAUCUGAAGUAUCAAUCGUUCGACGGCGACGACCAAACCGAAGUAAGGCCGCUUCGUGUUGGGCUGAAGAACACUGCUGCGUCGCUCUUAGCCAGCCUGCGCGAAGCCACCGGCUUCGAAAACUACCGAUUAUACUAUCGCGGGCAGCCUCUGGCCCCGCUGGAAAGUGACAUAUGCAAGUCCAUAGAGGAGCUUGGUGUAGUGAGCGGCCUGAUUCUUGUGAAGAAGGAAACUGGGAUCACGUCUCCCCCCGGGCGUAUCAAGCCAGGAGCAUCGCUAUUGGACAUCGAAAUCUUGAGUCACUUCAAAGAUCUCUGGGAGUAUCUGAGUAUGGAAGAGGACCUGGCGCGAGAGAUUUACCAGUUCCUGGCAUCCCUCCCGGCCGACGAUUCGAUGCUAGCUGCGUUCGAGGACCCGGAGACUUCUUAUCGAGACAUAUUCCCUCUUGGGCAGCCUUUUAAGUCGUUGUAUGCCCUACACGCGUUGCGCGAGUACCUCAAUACUCGACGCCUCAAGAGCAAUGUCAUGCAGGUCUCUUCACAGGACCACGACAGCCAAUUAAGGUCGACAACCGACCGGCAAGAUGCCUUAGCCAGGGCCAUGUCUCUAAUUGUCGCGGCCAUCUGCGACCCAGAGGUUGUCGAGCUAGGUUCGAGCGAAGCCUUGCAGCUCCAGCUCAGUCUCGAUCUAGUGGACAAUUUUGUCCAGCUCUUGAAAGAAGCUGUCGACUUGGAAACCAUGGCGAAGCUCCUCGAUAUAGAUCUCCAGAAAAGGCUGUCGACGAUACUCAUCGGCGCCGCCGCCGCACGAACGAACCAGGUCAGCAUCGAACUAAUCAAUCGGUCCUUUGAGGCCUUGCUCCAGUCUUGCGCGAAGAGCAGUCAAUUCUGGGUCGGCUUUCGGAACCAACCGGCCGUACAAAACGUUGUCCAGACUCUUCUUCUUCACGAUUCGCGCCCUAUCGUGAGAAAGAACGUCGCUAGACUAAUCAGCGCCAAGGUGCUUUACGGUUGUGGCCCCGCCGGAGUACGCGCGCUAGAUUUUGCUGAGCUGUUCUGGCCCAUCGUCUUCCAGUUGGUACCUCGAGCUGCCACGAUGCCGAGUAACUGUGAAGAGAUGUUCAGUCUCUCGUUUCAGUUACUCCAUAAACUGAACGACGAGAACUCGACGGCGGUUGACCUCUACGCUUGCAUCGAGGAGUGCGGGAAACUCUUGCUGUCUCACACGGCUACAGAGGACAUCGCGCAUCCAGGCAAGGACGUCGUGGCACAUGGACUUAUCACAAUAUUGAGUAUGGGAAUUAAGGAGGCACUAGCGAGGAAGGAGAGAGUCGUACUCCCCCCUGACUUCGUCACGAGACUGUUCUCGCAGCAUCUCUUUCCGCCCGAGGAUGAGGACGGGCCGCUUGUCCCGCAAGUAAUUCUACAUACCCCUUCCCGGACCAUGCUUUACGAUAUCAUAUUCGUCUUGGUUAAAGAGGACCCGUCGCUUCUGACCCGAUUGCUUCACGACCUGAACGCGCUCACAUCACAUCGUUUGCUGGAAGACGGGUCUGAAGUAUACAAGUAUGACCUCCCACAACUUUUUGAAAGAUCGAAUGCUAUCAGGUCACCUUGCGGAUAUUCUGGGCUGCGAAAUCUCUCCAACACUUGUUAUUUGAACUCACUCUUCACGCAACUGUUUAUGAACAUUGGAUUCCGCCGUUUCAUGCUCGGUGCGCGAGUCCGCAAUCCGCACACGCACCAGUUACUUCAUGAGACGCAGGUACUUUUUGCGUUUUUGCAAGAUAGUCGGCGGCGAUUUGUUGAGCCGCAAGCUUGCAUCGGGCAGAUCAUGACGUACGACGACACCCCUAUCGACAUUCACAAUCAGAUGGAUGUGGACGAAUUUUAUAGUCUUCUUUUUGACCGAUGGGAAGCGCAGCUGCUCUCUGAGAGCGAAAAGAAGAUGCUGAGAUCAAUAUACGGCGGCGAACUGGUCCAACAGGUGAAAUCGCAGGAAUGCGAGCAUAUAUCGGAGCGCCUUGAACCCUUCUCCGCUAUACAGUGCGAUAUAAAGGGCAAGGCGAGCCUCGAAGAAAGUCUGCAAGCCUAUGUGGAUGGCGAAAUUCUGGAAGGAGAUAACAAGUACAAGUGCUCCGAUUGCGACCGACACGUGGACGCAGUGAAGAGAACAUGCCUCAAGGAUCUCCCCGAUAACUUGAUUUUCCAUCUGAAGAGGUUCGAUUUCAACCUGAGGACUUUGACGCGUAGCAAAAUCAACGACUACUUCCCGUUCCCCCCCGUGAUCAACAUGCAGCCCUAUACCGUCGAGCACCUCAGCGACUCUUCGCAGAGUGCUAAGCCGGAUAUGUUUGAACUGGUAGGCAUCCUCGUGCAUUCUGGGACCGCAGAGUCUGGUCAUUACUACUCUUAUAUCCGAGAGCGGCCGACUGUCGAUGCUACGCCGUCAUGGGUUGAAUUCAACGACGAGUCUGUUGCGUCGUGGGACCCUUCGCAGAUGGAGAACGCCUGUUUCGGAGGGCCGGACUACCGGCCACAAUACGAGACUGGCGCCGCCUACGAGAAGGUCUACAGCGCGUACAUGCUAUUCUACCAGCGAUCCUCCUCCCUACGAAAGGAGGAAGAAAUGUUGAAAUCAUCAGGCCAGACGGGCCCUUUCCGGUCUGCGGUUCCGGGUGCGCUGGAGGCCCAGAUCAAGGAAGACAAUUGGGCCAUCGUUCAGCGGCAUUGUCUUUACGACCCUGCCCAUAUGCCUUUCGUUUACGAGAUGCUAGCGAGCACGUGGGGCGCGAAAUGUUCUAAGGACCACAGGAGAGAAAAUCUAGCAAUGCAAGCUGCACUGGGCCACCUGGAUCAGGUCGCAUCGCGGGCUAAAGACCUCCCCGACUACGACCAACUUCGAACCCUGGUUGGUAAAGUCUGCCAGCGCUGCCCUGUGUGCUGUUUAGCCUUCUUCGACUACUUCAAUAACCACAAAGACGCCUUGCGCAUGCUCCUGCAGAGGAACUCGGACGCCAGCGUGCGCCAGGAUACGGGGAAAACUCUGGUGUUCGUUUUGCGUACUCUCAAAAGUAUGUACCCAGAGAAUUAUGGCCCGUUCGCCGGCGAUGAGGAGGUAAUACCCAGCGUCGGAGGCCGGAAUUCAAGCGUGCUGGAUAUGGCGUUGGAUCUUUUCCAACAUAUCUGGGAAACCUUUCAUACACGCCUUAAUUCUUGGCCCGAAUGCUUCGGAGCAAUGCUGGAAUUCGCCCGACUCGGGCGUUACGAAGCACUGACAUUCCUGGAUAGAGAUUUCUUGGUCAAGCUUCUUAUGGUGGUGGCGAUUGACCAAGCUCUCGAGCUUCCGCCUCAGUAUACCAGGUUGCUCACCACCGUCUCGAGACGGCCGAGGCCGCCCAGUUACGAAAACAUCAUCUCUUUGAUCGAUGAGCUCCUGGCAGCGAUCGACCCGGUAAUAGGCCAAGUCAACUUUCUCGAUGGUCCCCACGGCCGAUCGUCACUCCCGCUACAACACGAGACAGUCCCCUUCACAAACCACGAAGUGAAUAUACUGCACCGUGACUGGGUCAGGGGCCAGGCGAAUAUAUUUGUGGAAAAGCUGAUUCAUCUGAACCAGAAUCCUUUGGCCACCGAUUCCAUAGUCAAGCGCCUCAUGGGAUUUAGCCCGACGAUGGACUAUAAGGUAUUCGUUACCCUGAGACUUGACAUAACCGGGGACCUGUCCUCAAACAUGAUUUCACCGUUUCUACGCGUCGCGGUGACGUAUUGCCGCUCAAGUAUCAACCGCGACAACGUCCACCGCCUGAUAAACCACAUCAAUAACCAAUGCAAGAACCUACAGAAUGCCGAGGGUCGAUCCUUUUACGAAUUCCAGCGGGACCUUUUCGACGGGGCAAGGAACACGGGCGAGACAGACGCGACUAUCCAGAUACAGAGCCUCGAGAAUCUCCCGAAAUGGGCGCCGGGUUUGCUAGGAUACAUCGACCACUCAGUUAGUGACGACGUGGACAACUUCCUGCAAGAGAAGCUAUUCAAGUAUGGGCCCUCGCCCGUAUUUGCUGAAAGCAACGGCGGAAUGGAAAGGUCCCGGGCGAUGCACUCGGCAGCUCGGCGACUAGCGAUCUCGUGUCUCGAGUAUCUACGGGAUACUUAUGUCAUUCGUUCAACGCAGGCGGCCAGAUACACGGUAAUUCCUCUGGACCGAGUCAUCAAGAGGUGCGAGGCGUACUUCAUACCCGACGAGGAUAUGGAUGACGGUCUAGGAGCACAGUACCUAGAGCUCUGCCAAACCGUCAUGGAGCCGAUGGACAGACUCACGGUCGACGAGAUUGAAGAGGACGGUUCCGAUUGGGAGCAGUCAGUCGGCUCUUCGGAACAGAUGGAUAGCCUAACGGAUCUCAGCAUGCAAAUCGAUCGCGAUCUGGUGUAGGAGAAAGAAAAAAAAAAGGAACAAAAGCAAGGAAAGAGAGAAGACGCUCUAAACUACACGAAACUAGUGCCCGCCCCCGGGGUUAUCAUCGCCAAAUUCGCGGUGGUACCAGCUGACGCAAAAUGUGAUCAGCAUGUAAUGCAUACGACUGAUACGAGAAAGGUCCUUACUAGGUCGGUCGGAUUAGAUGGAAGGGUAAACCAGGGAGGGACAAUGCAUGGUACUGGAGCGACCGGCGUCUUGAGGAAACGGACACAUGGUAAUAUUUGAGGGCAGCGUUCUUUCGGCAUUGCCUGAGACGAGACGACUGACUGGUAGCCGGCAAUCGGCAUCGUUUUACGUCUCGCCACCUCACGGUUCUCAUAGGAGGGGCAGGAAGGGACAGGUCUAACAGAUUAGAGAGAGGGAGAGAAAGGGAGAAGGUUACGCAUAGAGUCACUGUUUUCGCGGAGGGCUGCUUUUUUUUUUUUUCUCAACGCGGAUGCUCCUCGGCGCGGCGUAUUCUACAGUGGUGGUAGUAGUAGUAGUAGUAGUAGUGGGUAGUGGGUAGUGGGCUGAAUCAGAGUCGGAAAGCAAGGAAGGGAGCAACUUGGCAAUAUGACCGCUAUUUGCAUUAUGAAAAAUGGUUGGCUUGGAUUACCCAUGGAGUUGCGAAGUGCA